AUGAUUACCUUCUUCCAUCAAAUGCCAGGCUUUGCGUUCCAGCUUCGUGCAAUAUGCGCUCUUUUUGCAGUGCAAGGCGCUCUCGGUUCCCUACGAACGUUCAACUUCACCGUUCAUACCGCCCAGCGCAGCCCAGAUGGGUACUCCCGUGAAGUCUACCUGAUCAAUGGACAGCAGCCCGGUCCAAUGAUUGAAGUUGACGAAGGGGAUGAUGUGGAGGUGUUCGUUCGUAAUGAGUUGCCAGUUAGCACUACUAUCCAUUGGCAUGGGAUACUACAGCGUGGAACACCGGACAUGGAUGGGGUCCCAGGAGUAACCCAGGUGCCUGUGCCGCCCUUCAAGCGCUAA